AUGUGUGAAUCUGUUGAAGAAAUGGCAGAAAUGUAUAAAGAAUAUCUAGUCGAAUACGAUGAUUUCGAGAUACAUGAUACAAUCGGCUCAGGAGGCUUUAGUGAAGUAUUUGAUGCAACAUUUAUCCCAACAGGCCAAAGAUGUGCUGUUAAAAAGCUGAAAUUCAAAGAAAUCAAGAACGACGAAUUCAAUUUAUACUAUCGUGAAAUCGAAGUUUUGACAAAAUUAAAUCAUCCAUAUUGUCUUAAUCUGAUUGGUUUUUCAGUUCAUCGUCCAUUUAUCAUUGUUACGGAACUUCUUCAACGUGGUUCUCUUUAUGAUGCUUUGAGAUGGAAGGAUCCAGAGAAACCAUUAAAUGGAUCACAGAAAACCAUCAUUGCCAUGUGUAUUGCAAGUGGUAUGGAGCGUCUACACAAACUAAAUAUCAUACAUCGCGAUCUCAAAUCACUAAAUAUACUUUUAGACAACGACAAACUGCCAAGAAUUAUUGAUUUCGGUUUAUCAAGAGAAGUAUCAGAAUCUGAUGCCAUCAUGACAAUGCAGAUAGGUACUCCGCAUUGGAUGGCACCUGAACUUUUCUCUUCUCAGCCUUAUUCAUUCAAAGUCGACGUUUACUCUUACGGAAUGCUUCUUUGGGAGAUGCUUACCAACAGUUCUCCUUUCAAAGGCAAAACGGCAGCCCAAAUCAUGUACGAAGUAGUUGAAAAAGGCGCCAGACCCGCAAUUCCAAACAGAUGUCCCUCAUCCCUUAAAGCAAUGAUCAAUGCGUGCUGGGCACAAGAUCCAGAACAAAGACCUACAUUCCAUCAGAUAUACAAAGCCUUCUCAAACGGAAAUGUUGCAUUUGAAGGUUCAAAACCAACGAAAGUAGACGACAUUGUACGUAAGAACCAAGCAUUAUUCAUGACUAGAGGUGAAUUCGCAUCCCAAUACUCCAUGAAAAGCAGAAGAAAACUACAUUCGAUGAGUAGUGAUUCACAAAAGUUCAAUUUGCUAUCUGAUGUCGAUUCCGCGAACUUCGAAUCAACCUUCCAACAGAUUGUAAGUCAUUUCUCACAAGAAAUGGCUGGAAGGUUCUUUUCCGCGAUGAAAAACAUAUUGAAACAAAAAUUACAGACAAACCAGCUCUUAAUUGUCCUUAGGGGUAUUGAAAAAGUGAUUUCCUCCGAUCAAAAAGUAUACAAAUUCUUUAUCAACUCCGAAAUUUACCAAAAAUUUUACUUUGACGUGCCGGAAAUCGCUGAACCGCUGUUUGGAAUAUUCCUCAUGCUGUUUACGAUAUCUCCUACUAGUGUUACCCGUGAAAAUAUGGAUUGCAUCAAAAAUUAUAUUUCUAUUUGCCCUGAAAAGGUUUUGAGACUUCUGAAUAUCAUUACAUCGCAUAAGAAAAUCCCUUCAGGACAUAUUUUGUUCGCAAAAGCUGUAGAUAUCAUUUUUAAUAACGCAAAUGAUUUUAUUUCGGCCGGAUCGAGUCGCCACGUGUUGCAAUUGAUCUAUUCAUUGAGAAAGCAAAUCAGAGAGUUCAAGAAUAACUCUUCUUAUAGUUUUGAGCGAGUUUUGCAAAUUGUUCUCGAUAAUUUAGAUGAUAACAGCGAAUACGCCCUUGAUAUCAUCCUUAAUGACCCUAAAAUAAAGAUAUCUAUCUCUCCAGAGACGAUAUCUUCACUCCUUCAUAACGAAAAACUGAUUGAUAAAACAUUAUCUGCCAUUAUCCAAAUGGAUCAAGAUUUGCAGGACAACUCAUUAUUGGCAUUGAUAAACUAUGCCAAGAAAUCGAAGUUUGCCUGUCUAACUCUUUGCCAGAGAUGUUUAAAUGAACAAAUCGCGAUAAGGAUGGCCAAUCUCGGCAAAAACUGGUUGCUUGAGGAACUACCAGACCUGGAUGGUACAAUAAGAAUACUUUUGGUCAUAAUGCAACAUGAAAAUGCCAGGCAAUAUCUUCCUGUCGAAGUUUCUCAUCCGUUGUUGGCCGCUGUUACUCCGAAACACAUAAGAUACAUAUAUCCAGCGUUUAUGAAGCUUUCCGUCACUCAAGAAUUGUUGAAUUCCCUUGGAAACGACUUUUUGGCAAAAUACUACUCAGUUGCAUUCCGAAAUGGACCGGAACUGAUCAUAACCGCUUUAUCUAUUACAGAUAAAAUAGCAAGAUGUGGAUUUUUCAAAGGAUUUGUCGGAAUUAUCCACUAUAUUAAGAAAUUAUUGGAAAAUGAGAAAUGGAAGAGUUACGCAAUACCUACUAUUGCAGAGUUAUCCAUGUUUGACGAGAUGAAAACUGAAUUUGCCAAAGAAAACAUCGAAUUUCCUAAUGAUUUAUCAAAACUCUUUUAG